CGUCGUCUUGCUGGUCCGCCCUGAUCUCAUCCGUGCAUCUCCAUCUGCAUCUCCAUCUGCAUCUCCGUCUCCAUAUCCGUCCACAUCUGCGUCUGCGUCUGCUGCUUCUGCUUCUGCUGUCUCGCCGAUCUCGCCUCGCUCCUGUCUGCACACGCAAGCCUGGCUCGCUGAAACACCGCCAAGGAAAAGCAUCCCUCCGAGUCGACCAGCAAGCACUCGCCCCUGCCUCGCCGCCAGAAUCGCCUCCAGCAGUCGCGCUGUCGUUCUCUGCUCACAUAUCGAUCGCUGCACCCGGCCCGUCCGCAUCGCCCGUCGCCCGUCGCCAUGAGUCUCCAGAAGCUGCUAGCCUCCGUCCAAACCAACCAGUUGCCCGAGUUUGACGAGCCUGUCUUUUUCCAAAGAGAAAGCAUCCCCAAAGACGAUCCGCUGCAGUGUGCCAUCGCCCUGCACUGCGAAAACCAGCUGGAACGAUCAUGCCAAUACCUCAUCCGUUCAUCGCUCAGCCGCCAUCCCGUGGCAGUGUAUCUCCUUGCCAUUGCCCUCCGGCACGGCUGGGGGUGCAAGAAGGACGAGGAGCUGGCGGCGGCCCUCCUCGAGUGCUCCAUCCAGCUUGUCCUCGGGGCUAUGCCCAAAAAUGCCACCUACGAAGUUGCCGUGACCUCUCCAACUGGACAGACGGAUCAUGCCCAGGCGCCAGCGCCGACUCCCAUCGAUCGACUUGUGAACGAUUCUGGACACGGCGCCUUGCCAAACCCAUCGACUCUUGGGCGUGCGGAGCAUGUCCUGACGACCGAUCAACUACACGAGGAGCCUUCGGGUCUGGCCGUUAUCACCGAGCGGCCCUCGUCGCGCCAGUCCGGCUCGCCACACUCCAGCAUGAGCCGCUCCCAGACCAUAUCCAUCUCGCCGAUAAGGAGCCGGUCCGCCGGUGGACCCAUCGCCGUGCUCAACGGCAAUGGUUCUUCCCAAAACGGCACGAUCCCGCGGUCGCUGAACGCCCGCGGCUCCAUCAUCACCCUGGACUCGUUUUCAGGCGUCAUCGGAGGAGACGGCCCCGCUGGCGACUCGCACCUGGACUAUGAAACCGUGCGCUCGUUCCUGCCGCUGCCGCUGUUUGAGCUGGGAAUGUGUUACCACCAGGGCUGGGGCGUGCCCGUGUCGCAGCUGACGGCCGUCUACUACUACCAGCUCGCAGCCCAGCUCGGCGAUCCCGAUGCCCAGGCCGAGCUGGCCGAGUCCUAUCUGAGCGGCAUUGGCGUCCGCAAGAACAAAAAGAUGGCUGCCAAGUGGUUCCGCAAGGCCGCCGAACGAGGCCUGAGCUUUGUCAACAACUCCUGGAUCUGGGAAGACAAGUACAACGACAGCCAGGACCGCAUCUCGGCCCCGGCAUCGGCCUUGGCAUCGGCAUCGGCGUCGGUCCACUCCAGACGCAGCAGCAAGCGGAGAUCCGAUGACGGUCGAUAGAGUAGAACCCGUUGCUGCUGCUGCUUGUUGCUGCCAUCAACAUGUGGCCUCGGCGCCUGGCCGGGGCCAUGCCUUUGAUGCGACAGAGACAGCAGGGCGGCAGAGACGAUACACUCUCAUGCACUUUGCUCGUUAGAUUGCUGCUCAUCGCUAUGGGUUUGGAGGAACUGUGUCCGGGCAGCAUGCGCUUCCUUCACCUCCAUUCUCUCUCUGUUUUCGCUCCUCUUUGGCCUCACUGCAAUUGGUACUUUUGUCAGCGAAAUUAUAAUCUAUGUUGAAUUGCGA